CUUUACCCGCUACAGGCUUGACAGCUGCUGGAGGUCCAUUAAUGAAAAGCCAUGGAAGGCAAGGCACAGAUACAAGAAGCAAUUAAAAUCCAAGGUGAAGUCGUUCGGAAGUUAAAGUCAGCGAAGGCGGGCAAAGAGCAGCGCUAGGGUUGCUUACCACUUUUCUCCUGUUCUUCCUGCCUGACCCUGGAUGACCUCGGCCUGCCUCACCCUUCAUCAUCACCAUCAUCUACCUCACUGUCUGGGGAAUCCAACCCUCCUGGACAUCAUUGCUCAACUCACUUCCUGGUUCUCCGUCUACUGACCAUUGUGAUUGGUUGCUGUGGCUGCCCCUGGACAAUACCACUGGACAUUACUGUACCCAUGAUGCACUCCUGAACUUUUGCUUGUACAAUUUCCGGACUUGCUUUCCCCCUGUGCUGUGGGAUGAACGUGCUGGGCAUGUUUUGUGUUCGUGCUCGUUCUGGUCUGGUGGGCUUUCGGACUGCAACGUGUGCCGGAUCUCUGCAUUCUUUCACUGGGAUCACUGCGGCUCAGAUUGAUGAAGAGGUAGCCAAACUGCUGGAGCUGAAGGCACAGUUAGGAGGAGAUGAUGGCAAACAUCAGUUUGUCCUCAAGACGGCAAAGGGAACGAGGGACUAUAACCCCAAGCAGAUGGCCAUCAGAGAGAAAGUCUUCAACACCAUCAUCGGCUGCUUCAAACGCCAUGGAGCAGAGACCAUCGACACACCUGUUUUUGAACUAAAGGAAACAUUGACAGGGAAGUAUGGAGAAGACUCCAAGCUGAUCUAUGACCUCAAAGACCAGGGAGGAGAGCUGCUGUCCCUCAGAUAUGACCUCACUGUGCCCUUUGCCCGCUACCUGGCGAUGAACAAGAUAACCAACAUCAAGCGCUACCACAUCGCUAAGGUCUACCGCCGUGAUAACCCAGCCAUGACCCGCGGACGCUACAGAGAGUUUUAUCAAUGUGAUUUUGACAUAGCAGGGCAGUAUGACGCCAUGAUUCCAGAUGCUGAGUGUCUGAAGAUCGUCCACGAAAUCCUGAGUGAGCUGGACCUCGGAGACUUCCGUAUCAAGGUCAACGACAGACGCAUCCUCGAUGGGAUGUUUGCUGUGUGUGGUGUUCCAGAUGACCAGUUCCGCACAAUCUGUUCGACAGUGGAUAAACUGGACAAGAUGCCCUGGGAGGACGUGAAGAAGGAGAUGGUGAAUGAGAAGGGCUUGUCGGAGGAGGCAGCCGACCAGAUCGGGGAGUACGUCAGUAUGCAGGGUGGAAUGGACUUAGCAGAGCGCCUCCUUCAGGACCAGAAAAUGUCUCAGAGUAAGCAGGCCUGCGCUGGCCUGUUGGACAUAAAGCUGCUCUUCAGCUACCUGCAGCUCUUCCAGGUCACAGACAAGGUGGUGUUUGACCUCAGUCUGGCCCGUGGUCUGGACUAUUACACAGGAGUCAUUUAUGAGGGGGUUCUGACUCAGGCAGGUGUGGCCCCGGUGUCCACUGAAGCCCAAAACGGAGCCCCUGCAGAGGAGAGUGUCAGCGUGGGCAGCGUGGCCGGCGGGGGUCGAUAUGACGGCCUGGUGGGCAUGUUUGACCCCAAGGGCAGGAAAGUGCCGUGUGUGGGUGUCAGCAUCGGUAUCGAGAGGAUCUUCUCCAUCAUGGAGCAGAAGGCUGAGGCCUCAGCAGAGAAGGUUCGUACCACAGAGGUUCAGGUCAUGGUGGCGUCUGCUCAGAAGAACCUGCUGGAGGAGAGAAUCAGACUCGUCACUGAGCUCUGGAAUGCUGGCAUUAAGGCAGAGGUGAUGUAUAAGAAGAACCCCAAACUGCUGAGUCAGCUGCAGCACUGUGAGGAGUCUGGGAUCCCCCUGGUGGCCAUACUGGGAGAACAGGAGCUGAAAGAUGGAGUGGUCAAACUCCGCGUCGUGGCCACCAGAGAGGAGGUUGAUGUUUCCAGAGCAGAUCUUAUAGGUGAGGUCAGGAGGAGGACCUCUGAGGCCUAGCCAUUCCCUUCUGUUGAGCUACAACCCCAACCACAUCACCUGAUUGCUUCAAACAGACACUCUGUAGAAUCUUGUACAGAAUUUCUUGUCUAGUCCUCUAGAGAGCACGUUGGACACCAUGCCGCCCUGAAAACACACAUCCAACCUCAUUUCCAUAGCAGCAACGUAGACUGGUAUUAUAUGGAUCGUGUGGCGUUCAUGUUGCACUCUUGCAUGCGGGAAGCGUGUUUAACAUUUGUUUCUUAAAAGGGAAAGCUGUCAUUAGAGAACACCAGUGUGCUCUAAGGAACAGAUCAUUGAUGUUAAACUAUUCAAGUCCAAGAAGUCAAAGUUUCUUAUUAUCCAUAAAGCUGCUGGAGAUCAGUUUGGUCAGAGUCAUUAGAAAAAAAAUCUGUUUUUAGAGCAGCAUACCUUCAGAAAUGCUUUCUGUUCAGGACCAAGGAUGAGAAACUCUGUCAGCGACAUUAACUUUCUAUCAGAUGAUAUGCUGCAGUUUGAUUUAUAACUCCUAACAAAACAAAGGCUCACCUGUAUCAAACAUGCUUGUAUUGUUAAGUGUCUGAAAUAAACACAUUCAUCAUUUUGCUCAAUACUAAAAAACAACUGCUGUAUUGGCUAUGAUAUGAUGAUAUAAAGUUGUGUUCAUGCUUAGUUUUGUGUGAAGACACUAGUUAGAGAAAAGGUCGACCAAAUGACAAAUGUGUUUCUCACUGAGCUUUAGUGGUAUCGAGCCGUGCAGACUGCUGUAGUUUUAUAUAUUGGUUUUAUUUUAUUUCAGAGAUGGCUAUCUUAAAACCUAAGUGUUUUUUUUUUCUCCCAAAAUAUUUUUAAACUUUAACGAAAUGGGUGGGAUCACUGCCAAAGCAAUACAAUGGCAUUAAAUGAAAUCCUUGACUGGAUUUCAUUUAUUGGCUACAGCCCAAAUUAUGUUGGGUAUGAUAUCGCAAAACUCUUCUGCUAGUCAGAAGAGUAAAAUGUCUCCUGUAACUGAUAUCUGAUUCUGUCUGAAAUGAUUAGAUUGUUAGAGGUAGAGCAGCAUUUUGCUGUUGUAGCUGAUCGAGGUGGAGCUAGUUUGAAUUGUUUUACAUGCAGUUGCUAGUUUAGUCCAGUGGUUCCCAACGUAGGGGUCGGGCCCCUCCAAAGGGUCACAAGAUAAAUCUGAGGGGUCGUGAGAUGAUUAAUGGGAGAGGAAAGAAGAUAAAAGCAAAAACAGUUCUGAUACACAAACCUGUGUCCAGUUUUUGGACUUUUUUCUAAUCUUUGCAUUUUUGCGAAUAUUGGAUACUUUGAACAGUUAUUUAAAUGAAACCAUGUGAGAAGUCUAGAGGAGAAAUGUCUCCUACUGCUAACAGCGCAGACAGCUGAAACAUGAGGCCACAGCUAGACACUGCUUUACUGCAAGGGGUCACAAGCCAAAUGACUGACAAUCCUUGGUUUAUCAUAUACUAUGUAACAAUGCAUUUAAUUUUAUAAACCUGUUUUUUUAUGUAAAAUCUGUAAAGUAACUGUCAAAUGAGUGUAGCACAGUAAAGAGGACAAUAUUUGCUUCUAAAAUGUAGUGGAGUAGUGGAAAUACUGAAGUAAAAGUACCUCAAAAUUGUAUUUAAGUACAGUUCUUGAGUGACUCUACUUAGUUUCCACCACUACAGGUUUUAGAUCUUCUACAACACGAUUUUAAUAGAAUGAAUGGAAUCCAAUGGAUUCCUUGAAAAACGUUUAGCAGCAGCUUCCUGAAGGUACAAAUAUAGUGUUGCAGGGCUGUUUUGUUUUUGAAUUGCCUUUGAUGUCAGUUUAUUAGGUAUACCAAAUUACAUCAGUGUAUAGGUCAUUUGUAGUAAAUUGACUAGUUGUAAUGGGAUCAUGGCAUGGAGAAGUUGCUCAUGAUGCCCCAGUAAUUCUUCUUGACUGGAGAUCGCUCUUGGAUGCUUCCUGUUUCUGUGUCGGAGUCAGCUGGGUCCAUGUUUUGGCCAGAUCGUUCUGUAGUGUUUUAAGAAAGCUCAGGACCCAAAGGAGGAUUGGUAGUUGGUUGCAGGUGUGUAGGAGAGGGAAUGAAGGCCACACCUAGACAAGAUCUCUCACUCACACACUAACAGGGGACAAAUAGGAAACACAAGGGAAGGGGGGGGAGAACAGCUGGAAACACUAGGAAUGAGGAAGACCUAUACCACGGUGAUGCACAUCCAUGAGCAGUGGGCUGUCAUCCAUGACCCGGGUGGAGGGGAAGCGGAAGAGACUGUUUUAAUUGAGAAACACGAAAAGUGGGGUGGAUCCUCAUGGUAUUGAACAGUUUGAUUCUGACUGCGCGUAGGCUGAUGAUCAAAAAUGGUAAGAACUACUGUUACUUUGUGACACCGUGAGACCAGUGACACCAAGUUGGUGUAUGACCAAGGACAGCUGGGAGUAGGUAAAGGAAGGAGCAGACCAGCGGGUGGACAAUGGGAGACUUUCGCUUGAGUGCAGACUGAACAGGCGGAGACGUAGUCCUGGGUAUCAGCAUCCAUCGUGGGCCACCAGAAAUGCUGCUUGAUGAGGGACAGGGUAUGGCCAAUUUCUGGAUGACAGGAAAAACAAGUAGUGUGUCCCCACUAGAGGACUUGAGAAUGAACAGAGUUAGGUACAGUCAGACAGUUGGGAUGACCAUUAAAGGAUGGCUACACUGUGGUUCUCUUACCACUGAUUUAAUUUCCCAGAUAACAGCUGCUACCACACACGAGGACGGGAGGAUUCUUCAGUGGUGUAUUGGCAAGAGAGAGCAUCAGGCUUUGAGAAUUGCUCCUAUGCCAGUGUCAGAAGCGUCCACCUUGACGAUGAACUGGGGGCCAGGAUCUGGUUGGAUGAGAAUGGGAGCAGAUACAGUAUGAAGUUCUUGAGCUUGGAAAAAGCUUGUUUUGCCUCUGGGGUCCAGGAGAAUGGAAUGGAGGAGGUGGUGAGUCUGGUCAGAGGUGCUGCCACCCUGCUGAAAUCUGAUGAAUCAGCAGUAGAAAUUGGCAAAGCCUAAGAACAGCUGCAGCUGUUUGUGUGUUAUGGGUUCUGGCUAUUCUGCAACCAUCCUGGUCUUUUCAGGAUCCGUCUUCACCUGCCCGCUCUCAAUAAUGCAAUGCAAUCCAGGAAACUCACCGACUGGACAUGGAAUUCACUUUUCUCCAUCUUCACAAAGAGCUUAUUUUCCAUCAAUCUUUAGAGGAACUGGUGGACGGCCCAUAUCCAGGUACUUAAAGUGUCCGGGGGGAGUGUUCAAGGCCAUCUUCCAUUCAUCUCCUUCCUUGAUCCGGACCAGGUGGUAUGCAUUCCGUAGAUCCAAUUUAGUGAAGAUGGUGGCACCAUGGAGAGGUUCAAAAACAGAACUGAUUAAUGGCAGAGGGUAUUUGUGUUUCAGUGAUGUUGUUCAACCCACGGUCAUCUAUGCAGGGGAGAAGCGUGUGAUCUUGCUUUUCUACAAAGAAAAGAAACAGCUCCGACAGAAGAGGAAGAAGGUCGAAUUAAGCCUGCAGCAAAAGUUUCAGUGAUAUACUUUUCCAUAGCGUCUCUUUCAGGAUGGGACAGGUUGUACAGUUUACUCUUGGGUAUUGGAGCACCUGGAAGGAUAGCAAUAGCGCAGUUGUAGGGGCGGUGUGGUGGCAGGGAGAGUGCUAAAUCCUUACAAAAACCCUCUCUAGAUCAUGAUAAACAGCUGGGAUGGAAGACAGAUCUGGAGGUUCAGCUUUAGCUGAGGGGAUGGAGCCCCCUGUUGGAGGGAGGGCAAAAAGCACUACAAUCCACAAUUCUUUCAGCUAACCAGUCAAUAUGGGGGUUAUGUUGCCUCAACCAGGGAAGACCCAGAACUAACAGUGUUAGGGGAUGAAAUUAUGUUUAACUGAAGAGUUUCACGGUGGUUGCCGUGGGGGGGUGCGCAAGCUGUUCAAAAGGUAUACCAAACUGUUGGGCUAAAUCCCUAUCCAAAAAGACUAUCAUCUGCACCCGAAUCAGAGCAUGACCAGGAUAAGACGACUAACGGAUGGUGGCUUGAAUCUGCAUUUUGUUUCUAUGGGAUAGAAAAAUUUGUCUGGCUCAGCAGCACCCCCACAGUUACGGGUGAGCCUAGUCUUUUGGUUGAACAGGGCAUGAAGUACGGAAGUGACCUGGCUGACCACAAUAAAGACAGUCACCCGCCUUAAUUCUGCGGAGUCGUUCAGCAGAUGAAAGGUGGGCUUGUCCUAGCUGCAUGGGCUCUUUGGGAACAGAGGUGACAGAAGACGAAGCGUGAGCCCCGAGGGGAGAGGGAAUCCCUGGUCUUGCGAGAGGUGGUGGUGAAGAGAGGAGGAUGGGAUUGACCCGUUUUUUCUUUGCAUCGUUCACUGGUUGUCCAGCCUGAUAGCAAGAGAAACAAGGGAGUCAAAAGGUAGUUGGAUCAUCACGGGAGGCAAGUUAAUCUUUUAACUGUUCAUUAAGCCUGUUCAAAAACACUCGUCAUUCCACCCUGCAUCUGCUGCUAGCGUCCUAAAUUCCACCGCGUAGUCAGCCAAACUCCUAAAACCCUGGCGGCGAUUUAUUAAACGUUUAGCAGCGUUACUGUCAUAGUCAGGAUGGUCAAACACCCCUCUCAUCUUCGUCACAAACUCCUCAUAAGAGAGCAAAGCAACUGCCUGGUUGGAAUUAACAGCCUCAGCCCACAUCAGUACUGUCCCUCUCAAAAGACCCAUAACAUAGCAUACCUUAGACUGGUCUGAAGAAAGGGUUAGCGGUCGCUGAUUAAACACCAGGGAACACUGGAACAGGAAUCCCCGACACUUGAUUAAAUCCCCCAUCAAAGGGUUUAGGGUCUGGAGCUUAGGAUUCUCUGCGUGAAGGCGAAAGUGCAGGUGGAACAGGCGAAACACUUUAAACCUGCAGUUCCUUCUGGACAGAGGUGAGAGGCUAGCAUAGCAACGUGAUUUGAUAGUUGCGUUAGUUGGUUACUCGUGGUUUGGUUUCCGUCAGACGAGGACUCAAAAUUCAAACUAUUUAUUUCACACACAGAUAGCAGAGUGGCUUGAGUGUAGACUGAGAUCUCACAGUGGUGUUGUCUCAUUUGGCAGGCAGUCUUGAGCUGACACAGAGUCUAGGCGGGCAGGCGGGCGAGCAGGUCGGCAGUUAGGUUACCAGCAAACAAAUACACAUUAGAGUGUAAAUCCAGGCAGACGGUACACAGGUGAGUAUGAUCCACUUAGGUUAACUGACAAGCUGAAGAAGACUGGAGAGGAGAGCCAGGGUUAUAUACUGCUGGAGCUGGAUGAUUGGAUGGAUCACAGGUGUGCAGGAGGCUUGGUGGCAAGGCUUGAUUGGUAGUUGGUUGCAGGUGUGUAGGAGACGGAAUGAAGGCCACGCCUGGACCAGAUCACACACCGAUACAGACAGAAACCAACAGGGUACAAACAGGAAACACAAGGGAAGGGGGAGAACAGCUGGAAACACUAGGGAUGAGGGAGAGGCAAAGCCAGACAUUAUCUUUUAUUUGCGCUGCUCGGGCUGCAGCUCAAAGAAUAAAUCUAAAAUGAUCAUAUAAGAAUACAUCUAAGCAACACAUUUUACAUACGUUUUAUUUAUGGUUUUUAAUCAUUCAUUGUGUUUAAGUUUUAUACCUCUUUUAUUUCCUUUGCCUGCCUGUUUAUUCAUACACCACUGUGUAUUUUAUUGUUGUGUUUUAUGUGUAAAGCACUUUAUAAUGCUGGUUUUGAUAAGUGCUAUACAAAAAAAACCCUGUAUUAUUAUUAUUAUUAUAAAUGUAAUUCUAGUCAGAUCAUGUGCCCUAAUGAUGGGGCAGUGCUAUUAUAAGCCUGUUAAUUAAUUUACACAUUCACACAGUCGGUGAUGUUUUGCCAGCUGUCCUUCCUGCAUUUGGCAGCUGGAUUGUGUUGUCUGUUUAACUUCUUCGUAUUUGUCUAAUAUUAUAGUUUGCUCUUUGUUUGUAAAAUAUGCCGCUCUGACUUGAAUGAACCUAACAAAUCAGUCGGGGCUAAAGCUGUUCCAUAAAGUUCAAUUCAAGUUCACGCAAUCAGACUAAUUCGACACAGGCUCAAGUAGUCAAGAUAAUCGCGUGUGCGCGCUGUUGAGCAGCCCGAGAGGUCGAACAUGGAUCAGAUCGAUCCCUCAUGGCAAACAGCAGCGGUAAAGAGAGCAGAGCGUUCUAUUAGAAACAUAAUGAAGAAUUCAAACAUCUAAUAACCAAAAAAGGGAAUACAGCUGCCAUAAACAAAACCAUUGAGUCUGGUUCUGUCCAAGGUUUCUGCCUCUUAAAGGAAGUUUUUCCUUGCCACUGUCACCAAGUGCUUGCUCAUGGUGGGAUUUGUUGGGUCUCUGUAAAUAAUAUUAUAAAGAGUAUGGUCUAGACCUGCUCUACAGGAAAAGCGCAAUGAGAUAACUUCUGUUAUGAAAUGGCGAUUGAGACUUUUAUGUAGCCUAAGCGUUUGCUAUCACAUACCAUAUAAUUAAACAUGUAGAUCUA